AUGCAGCCAGCACGCGCACCGGAUACAAAUACAUUAUCGAGGUAUCUAGUUCAGAGCUCGGACGUUCUAUCAGACAUGCGGGUCAAUGUCUCAGAAGAAGGUGUGCAAGGUGUGAUUUGGUACAAGGAAAGGUUCCUUGCAGAUGAGGAAAUCGUUGAGCACCUUGUGGAGAAUGCCACGUCCACAAUAAUGUGGACAAUACAUCGCCCCAAGCGCGGCUGGUAUAUCCGCCUUCGAACACCUGCCUUUCCGCCGGGAGUCUUCAUCUCCCUUCUCCCUCUGCCGCAGUCGUCCCCGUAUCACGCUGAUGCUGCCCUGACAUUCGCUUGUCGGACGAAUCCACCUUCCUACUCUCUCAGUAAUUCUCCGCUGACCUCUUCAGGACUGAAGCGAUCUUUGGAUUCCGACGUGACUCAGAUAGGCGAACCAGCAGUGCACUCAUAUCCGCCAACACCGCCGCCACAAGGCCUCACCGUCUUGGUGCACCCACCCUCACCACGCUUGGUCCAGGCCAAGCUCGAGGAGAUUGCACCAACCCAGUCGAUCCCGAGGCGGCGACCACCGCCGUUGGUUCAGCCUGCAAUCACACACUUCCUUCUCACUCCUCACUCGGCCGCUCACAUACCUCAACCCCCAGAAUCCGCUUCUAUUUUUUCGCGCGUCAUGACCGCUUUUAAGAAUAACGCGCCGUCACACUCGAACUCGUUCACCCUCUCUCCCGUUUCAAUGCCAGCACUGACUUCACCCACACCGCCAUCGUCGUUGUCGUCCGCAGGCGGGCAGACGUUCGUCGCAGCGCCAGUUCCUACGCCCGUUCCGAUACUCACCUUCCACGAUCGCACCCCUGUGUAUACAGUGCGGUCUAACUUCGGGGUCAUUGAGAUUGACAAAUUACUGGAACGUUCGUUCGGGGUGGCAACCAGCUUCUACAUCGCAGUUGCGUUGACAUACCUGGAGUUCUUGGCAGACAGAGAAAGCUACUUAGCUGCUUUGGGCGAUUGA